CGGAAAUUUGAUUGAUUUUUUAAAAUAUGAGAAUCUAAUUGACUUUUUGGUCGUACUAAAAGAAUCCCAAAUUGACAAUUUUCCCAUAUAUAUCUAAAACGAUGUGCUUUUAAACAAUGUUUUGCACAAAUUGGCGAUACCGAGUAAGACGGUUGACUAUGAUUACUAUAAUCGGACCCAUGCUACUACUUAUUCUACAGAAUUGCUCCCAUCCCGAGACCCAACUACUCCUAUAUAGGGACUACCCAGUUUUCCUCUCAGUUCUCAGUUAUUGCUUUGCCGCUUUUAUCCUUCCGCCUCCACUCCAGAUUACAUACCUUCUUUCUUCAUUUUCAUAUAUACUCCUCCCUCGAAUCAGCAUCCGUCCAAUUCUUGUCUUCCUAUCCAUGUCCAAAUUAUUCCUCCCUCGAACCUAAACUCUCCCCCAAUUCUUAGCUUUGUUUCCGAUAUUAGCAUACAAUAAAGUAAACCAACCUCCCAGAUGAGCUGACCUAAUCACUCUGUUUUUGUUACAUUGAUUAAGCUGGAUCUCUCCAAACACUUUCUUCCUUAGCCGCACAAUUAUAAAAAACUUCAACAAUAUGUAACUUUGAUUAAUCUGUUAAUUUCUUCUUCCCGCCCCAAAAAAACCCUAAAAAAGCUCGUUUUUUCUUCAUUUUCUUCAUGUCUCGUUAAGAUUUCUAGUUCGUUAUCCUGGUGCUAUCGUUCUGGCUGCAAUAGAGGCGGUCCUGUAGCGGCACCUUUAGAAAAACCGGAAAAUCAUGUAGCUAGGACCGGUUCAGUAGUACGCGAAACUCUGUUUUCCCCCAAAAAAGAAAAAAAAACAGUUUGUUUGUAUUGGAAGGAGGAAAUGGCGGAAUCGGAAAGUGGAACCCCGACGGCGCCGGCGACUCCGGGAACGCCGACUCCGCUGUUCACGUCCCUGCGGGUGGACUCGCUGUCGUAUGACCGGAAGUCAAUGCCCCGAUGCAAGUGCUUGCCUUUCGGCGCUCCCACGUGGGGUGAACCUCACUCGUGCCUCACCGACUUCCCCUCGCCGGACGUCUCCCUCUCCCGUAAGCUUGCGGCAGAGUUCGUAGGGACGUUUAUCCUGAUAUUCGCCGCAACAGCGGGGCCCAUUGUGAACCAAAAGUACAACGGUGUGGAGUCACUAAUAGGAAACGCUGCCUGUGCGGGGCUGGCGGUUAUGAUCGUGAUCCUCUCCACUGGGCACAUCUCGGGAGCUCAUCUCAACCCUUCCCUCACCAUUGCCUUUGCUACGCUCCGCCACUUCCCGUGGGCUCAAGUGCCGGCUUAUAUUGCUGCCCAGGUCUCGGCAUCCAUAUGCGCCUCCUUUGCUCUCAAAGGCGUUUUCCACCCCUUCAUGGCUGGUGGCGUCACCAUUCCUUCCGUUGGCACUGCCCAAGCUUUUGCUCUCGAGUUCCUCAUCACCUUUAAUCUCCUUUUUGUUGUCACUGCUGUUGCUACUGAUACUCGCGCGGUAGGAGAACUAGCAGGAAUAGCAGUUGGAGCUACAGUUAUGCUCAACAUUCUAGUUGCAGGGCCAUCCAGUGGGGGUUCGAUGAAUCCUGUGCGCACAUUGGGGCCGGCAGUGGCAGCAGGAAAUUACAAGUCACUAUGGAUAUACCUAGUCGCACCUACUCUUGGGGCACUUGCUGGAGCAACCAUCUAUACAGUGGUGAAGCUGCGGGAAGAAGACGCGGUACCAAUUACGCGCCCGAGGAACUUCCGCCGCUAAUCGACCUCAUCAUCAGCUCCAUCCACCUAUCUGCCUCAAGUACAAAAUCCAUGUGAAUAAUUAAUAAAAUGAGACUGAAGGUUUACAAGUAACUUCAAGUUUGGUCUCCUACCUAUAUGUGUGUUGUGUUAGUCUGUCACCACGUCUUCUUAUGUCCAUUUGGUUUGUACGUGAAAAGGUAAUGAACAUAAUCAGUUUGCAUCUUGGCUUGAUAAUGUAAUGGUGUGUGCCAAUAAUGAAGGGGAGUCACUCUAUCAUACGCUCCCCUUACGUGCUUCAAAUAUAGACUGUAAUAAUAUAUAUAGAGUAUAAUUAAUUUGUAUGUUGUUUGAGUGCCCCACAAAUACACAUUGCAAACAUAUUAUUUACUUAAUUUACUAUUGAAGAUGGACUAAAAAAAAACUAUUGAAGAUA